AUGUGUGGGUGCACUCUUUACGACUCCCCCACAUGUGGCCACUCCUGGAUCUCAAUGUCACAACCCUGCGGAUUUCUUUCUGACCUCUUGAGCUGCCCGAAUCGCCAAACCUACCAAACACUUGUCGCGCCUCCAUAUACCUGUCCUCAGUGCAACAGUGGCUUUGCAGAUCAUGAGACUAUCGAGAUGGUGCAAGGUCCCUGGGGUUGUAACCAGCUGAUCCGAAGCCAUGUUGGAGGUAGUCGUGCUAUACCUGGCUCCUGGGGCAAUGCACCGCUGGCCACGAACCACUGGGGUGGAACUAUAGGCAUGGGCAUGGGCAUGGGCAUGGGCACGGGUAUGACUGCAAACAUGCCCUUGGCGUCAAGUCGGGCGAUGGUACCAGUCAACGGAUAUGGGCACGAUCACCGGCUCACUGGGCCAUAUAGCUCACGCCCAGCCAUCUACAAUGGCCAUGGCUCUUUUGAUAUCGGUGUGGUUAUGGAUGAUGGAGCCCUUGAAGACUACAACUACGGCUAUGGUGACGGAAGACGGAGACAGCACAUGAGCAGCUCGAGAUAUAAGUACUAUCACUCGUCCAAGCCAGCAACGAACUGCGUAGUCAUGUAG